AUGGCUAAAAUAAUCUCAACAAGCAUGGCGAUCCUUACGAGGAUCAUUUUCAGUGCCCACAGUUUGCUUGCCGUUUGGCAAGUGACGAUAUUCAAAAAGGAUAUCCUCUAUUGGGCACUAUGUGGACCUCUUUUAUUGCUGCUUUUGGAGGGAAUAUUCACCAUUAUGAUCAAGAAAACCCAGGAAUGGCGUUGGUUCUGCCCAUCGGUUUUUCUUUACUUAGCCAGCAUUGUACCGGCUAUUUGGUUGCUGGAACUGGACAAAAUUGAACGGAGAAUGCAGCAAAUAAGGGAUGCAGCUGCAGCAAAUGCAAACGCUACCAGCUAUAAUGCUGGCAACAACAACACUUUUACAGUCAGCAAAAACAACAGCAACACAGGCAACAUGGCUCCAGUGGCUGAUCUACUUAACGAUGCUGGCAUCGUUUUGCCACCCAUGAGUACGGACACCUGGACCACUCUAAUUGAGCAAUUCCUAAUGCUCAUCCUAAUUGUGGGUCGGUGGCUAUUGCCCAAGGGAGAUCUAACACGUGAUCAGCUUAGUCAGCUGCUUUUGGUUUAUAUUGGCACUGCCGCCGACAUUAUAGAGUUCUUUGACUCCUACAAGGAUGAUAAGAUAGCAAGCAUUGACUUGUUGGUUAAACUGACUUUAGGCAUUUGGUCAUGGAGCCUAAUGCAGUUCACCAUUGUGCUGUCGGCCACAAGGGGUCGACGACCCCGUGGAAGUGGCUCAAACCAAAAGGAGGAGCACACGGAUUGUUGUCAGAAUUGCUGUUGUGGCAUUGAUGUCUGGGGCAUUGUACUCAAUGUUAUACUUCAGGACGCUCCAUUCCUCACCUUUCGUCUGCUUAUUAUACUUCAAUACGAACUUAUCAACUAUAUGAAUGUGUUUUUCACAUGUAAAAAUUCUUUAGUUAUUGUAUUACAACUCUAUCGCCUUUAUGUGGUAAAUGCGGAAUUCUGGAAAAAUCGUCGUGAAAGUCGCAUGGCAAAGUCACGUCAAUAUCAAUCUCGACGACGAGUUCAUGAUACGGAUCAGAAUAGUAUCUAUAUGAUAUCUAAUGAGCGUAGCGGCGAGGUUAAAAAGAAAAUCAAAAAAGCCAAGGAUAAAGAUUAUGUAGAGCAGGCGGAAACGGCAUUUAGUACAAAGAAAAAGGACAAGAAGGAUAAAAAGAAACGUAAACGCAAGGAUACUGGCUAUUCUACGGCUAGCUCGCAGAAUCUGUAUUCCACCAAGGCAAGCGGCACGGAUAAGGACAAUCGCCGCAAGGACAAAAAGGGCAAGAAAUCCAAACGGAAUUGCACAAGUUCUCCCAGUGAUUGUGACCUGAUGAAUGCCAAGAAACAGAAGCGACUUAAAAAUGCUGCCGACAAAAAGGACAAGAAAAAAUCACGGAAAAUCGAGGCCGUCACUGAGGAAUCAAGCAGUAGCAGCACCUCCAGCAGCAGCUCCGAUUCGAGCAACUCCACCCUGCCCAGCUAUGAGGUGAUUGAUGAGAAGAAAGCACGUCGUCACAAACAUGGCCAUGGCAGUGGCUCCAGUGAUAGUAGCUCGGAAAGCUCCUCCUCAUCAUCAUCAUCAUCGUCGUCGUCAUGAAGGGGAGGCAAUUCAUUUUUUUGGGACUAACUACAAUGUUAGA